UGUAGUUCACUUGGGAAGAGGAAUCAAGAGGGGUGCGGAGCUCCUCCAGGACAAGAGCCGACAAUAAACUGACUCGGGAUGGAUACUCACGACACAUAUUUACAUCUCCGUGGCUCGCCUGGGCUGAUAUAUUUAAUGACACUCAGAGCCUCUGUCCGGGCAGACCGUGGCCUUUGCAGAAGGAGUUUUGUCAAAGGCGAGAGAGGCUGAUCUUUGUGGCAGUAAACGGUUCCUGCUGGAUUCAGUGGUUGAUAAUCCGAGUAAUCCCAUAAACCAGCAGACUCCUCCCUGCGGAUCCUCCUCCUACGGCCGUCCUGUUUCACUCAUAUCCCAUCUGUUCCAUCAGCGGAGUGAGUCUUUGUGCUCUGCUGUGCCUGGUGAGGUUUGGUCGAGUGGUGCUCGCAGUCAUGUGGCAUCCGGCGGCGUUGCCUCUUCAGGGUCAGAGUCACGACAGAGAGGGUGGUCACUACAGCCACUACACUAGUGCUCUUAAUUCACCCCACUCUCAACCACCACCCCUGAGCCCCAUGGUGGGUCAUCCGUCUGUCAUCAGUUCGUCCCGCCCUCUGCAGUCGCCCAUGAACACCCUGGCCUCAUCCAUGAAUGGCCUAGCCUCACCCUACUCGGUCAUCUGCCCUUCUCUGGGUUCACCAUCAAUUUCCUUGCCCUCUACUCCCAGUAUGGGCUUUAACACCCUCAGCAGCCCACAGAUGAACUGUUUAAAUGUGACAAGCUCAGAAGACAUCAAGCCUCCACCAGGAUUGGCUCCGCUGAGCAACAUGAGCAGCUAUCAGUGCAGCAGCCCUGGAUCGCUCUCCAAACACAUCUGUGCCAUUUGUGGGGACCGAUCUUCAGGAAAGCACUAUGGUGUUUACAGUUGUGAAGGUUGCAAAGGCUUCUUUAAGAGGACCAUCAGAAAAGACCUGACCUACACGUGUCGAGACAGCAAAGAGUGCCUGAUAGACAAACGCCAGCGCAAUCGCUGCCAAUAUUGCCGCUACCAGAAGUGCCUGGCCAUGGGCAUGAAGCGGGAAGCAGUCCAGGAAGAGAGGCAGCGUGGGAAGGAGAAAGGUGAUAAUGAGGUGGAAUCAACGAGCAGCUUUAAUGAAGACAUGCCUGUGGAUAAGAUUCUGGAUGCAGAACUCGCAGUAGAACCUAAGACUGAGACAUACACAGAGAACAGUCCAGUCAACUCAACUAAUGACCCAGUCACUAAUAUCUGCCAUGCAGCUGACAAACAACUGUUUACUCUGGUGGAGUGGGCCAAGAGGAUACCUCAUUUCUCUGAUCUGCCUUUGGAUGAUCAGGUCAUUUUGCUUCGAGCAGGAUGGAACGAACUCCUCAUUGCUUCAUUCUCUCAUCGCUCAAUCACAGUUAAAGAUGGCAUCUUGCUGGGCACAGGCCUCCAUGUCCACAGGAGCAGUGCUCACAGUGCAGGUGUCGGCUCCAUUUUUAACAGGGUAUUGACAGAGCUGGUAUCUAAAAUGAAGGAUAUGCAGAUGGAUAAGACAGAACUAGGCUGCCUUAGAACCAUUGUCCUCUUCAACCCUGACGCCAAAGGCUUGUCUAACCCAGCGGAGGUAGAGGCACUGAGGGAGAAAGUUUACGCUUCACUGGAGACCUACACUAAACAGAAAUACCCUGACCAGCCUGGCAGGUUUGCUAAACUUUUGUUGCGUCUUCCUGCCCUCCGAUCCAUCGGACUCAAGUGUUUGGAGCACCUAUUUUUCUUCAAGCUGAUUGGAGACACACCCAUAGACACUUUCCUAAUGGAGAUGCUGGAAGCACCCCAUCAGAUCACGUGACACAAGUUCCAACGGACCAUUUAUUUUUGUACAUAUUCUUAUGUAACUAAUAUAAUAACCAACUUGAUUGAAGAUAUUGCAGUACACUGCAUAUUUUAUACAAAGCACAAAUUAUUAUUCUUUUUAAAAAAUAUGAGCACGUCUCAAAAUAUACAGAUGAAAUUAAGUUUACUGGUAUGGUUUCGAGAAGAAAUGUUUCUGUAAAUAGCUAAUGUCAGGUAUUGUAAGGUUUUUAGAAGAAUUGUUUCUGUAAAUAGCUAAUGUCAGGUAUUCGUUGUGGCAAUGCAAUAAAGAAAUUAUAUUUUAUUCAAGGAA